AGUUGUAGCAGUGAGACAGCACAGACAGCAGAGUACCAACCAGUUGUUCCCAUACAACCUUUUAGUUCUUUGCAGUGAGUUCAGCAACAGUGGACUAUUUGGUCUCUUCAUGAAUGGUUAUAAAACAAGUCCAGAGAAACUUCUUAUGGUGAUGUCUGCUGUGAAUAUGGGACUGAUGCUUUCUAUCACUACUCAGAGAUAUUGUGCCCAGAAAGUUAAUUAUGUUUGUUGGGUUUGCGGUUUGGAAUCAGCUUUGCUGAUGACAUCUGUUGUUAUCAAUGUCAUAGCUUUCGUAUUCCAUUAUAUCAACACUGAUGCAAACCUUGGAUGGGUCCUUCUCUUUGAGGCUGUGGUGUUUUUUGCUGCCUGGGUAGCAUUGAUUUCAGUGGCUUAUUGCUGUAAGAAACCUUUUUCUCAUAAAAUGAGAAAGCGUGUAUAUAAGAUUUGCUUCAUCGUUGCUUCAAUUCUUAUUGCCACAUAUGCUUUCAUAUGCAUUUCCUUUGUCACCCAACAUCAUGGAAUCCAUGAAAAAACUUCAGGACGUAUCUUCGUUACAGUUUAUCUUCACAUGUUGGCAGCCCUCUUACUGCUUCACCCCCCAAAAAGCUCCAAAGUACAAAGUUGUAAUGACAGUUCUGAUAAGCAAUCAAUACUCUACAGUCUUCAACAUGGUUUUGGAACUGGUCUAACUGCAGUGAAUGCGAUUACUCUCAUAACUGUAUUAUGCCAGACAGCAAGACAUGGAGAGCGUCCAGUGGAUGAUCUCAGAAUGAUUGUGCUGCCAUUUGAAUGCAUCUUUGUAGCUGUUUGCGUAAUCUGUUGGAGAAUGAUAAGAAUGAAGAACAAGUUCACGCAUCUAAGUACUUCACAGGAGCUGAGAUCCUGCCAUCUGCCAUCCUCGAGAAAUGAAGCUGCCUUAAGGAGAGACACUUGAUACUGUAAUUCCAGUAAUUCUCUAUUAGCCUUUUUCCACUGACAGAGAACCAGUGCAGUUCCCAUUCAGCUGCAGAUGUUGCAGAUGUUUACUAGCAUUUUAAACAGAUCAUUUCAGCCGUUUUCACGGGACUGUUCAUAUCAUUCUCCUAUGUAUGCAUCUCAUUAACUUUUGUUUUGCAUGUAACACCCAUUGUUGAUGACACAUCCUUGGGUCGGGUUCAAAAGUGGUGGAAAUGUGUGCUGGUUCACUAGCACCAAGGUUCAAAGAAUUCUGAACGGAACUGGUUCAAGAAUGGGUUCUCCAUCAGUGGAAAAAGGCUAAAUGAGGUGGUGGUAGCCAUCCAGUAACUGGCGCAUUGCUGGUUUGAGCCCAACCUAAUCCUGAUUAAGAUUUUUCCUGUGAAUGCACAUCUCACACAUAAUUCUGUUUUCAAUGAUUAUCUGCUCUGUCUUUGGUUAUCAUCUUAAUUGUUCUGUGUAUGUGAGUUCUGUGUCUGCUUUGUAUCUUUUUUGGAUUGUGAUUUCUGUUUCCCGAGAGUAAGUUUAUUAGUGUUUCUGCAUGAGUGGUAAUUCUAAUGAGCCACUCUGUGUUUGUUUGAGUAAAAGUCUGGAUUGA